CACAGAAAGAAAAAAAAAGAAAAAGAAGAAAAGCGUUCAAAACUAAAGGCUAAAAAAAGCCACUCAUACUACUUUCAACUUCAAAAAAAAAAAAACCCUCUCUUUAAUUUUUGUAUUUUCUUCUUCCAGAAUGCUAUUAACUAAACAAGAAUUUCAUCACAAUCCACCCUCCCACUAUCACUUUACUUUGUUUUCUUCUCCUCUUUCGUCAUAUCCCUCUUCAAUUUUCUCGUGUUUGAUGAUGAAUUUCAUCAGUUGUUGAUGCCAUAUAGACCUCAACUCUAGUUUUGUUUCCCUCUUUGCUCCCUUUUUUUUUUUUGGUUUCUGGGUUUUUUAGUUGUUGCAUGAAAGAUUUUGGUUAUUGAGAAGAGUAACAGUGAAGAAAAGAUGGAUUCUCUGGUUCUUGAUGCUAUAAUUCAGCGUUUGCUUGAGGUUAGGGGAAAGCCCGGGAAACAAGUACAGCUCUCGGAGUCGGAAAUUAGACAGCUCUGUCUCAAGUCUAAGGAAAUUUUCAUGGAGCAGCCUAAUCUUCUUGAACUUGAGGCCCCUAUUAAGAUCUGUGGCGAUAUCCAUGGUCAGUAUUCUGAUUUGCUAAGGCUUUUUGAAUAUGGAGGACUACCACCCAAGUCCAAUUAUUUAUUCCUGGGGGAUUAUGUGGAUCGUGGCAAACAGAGUCUUGAGACGAUAUGCCUUCUACUUGCAUUCAAGAUCAAGUAUCCUGAGAACUUCUUCCUUCUGAGGGGCAACCAUGAGUGUGCUUCUGUUAAUCGCAUUUAUGGCUUCUACGAUGAGUGCAAGAGAAGAUUCAAUGUCAGAUUGUGGAAAGUCUUCACAGACUGUUUUAACUGCCUGCCUGUAGCAGCUUUAAUUGAUGAGAAAAUUUUAUGCAUGCACGGGGGACUUUCUCCUGACCUCAAUGAUUUAGAUCAGAUAAGGAACCUGCAGCGCCCAUGUGAUGUUCCUGAAACUGGUUUACUCUGCGAUCUACUUUGGUCGGAUCCAAGUAAAGAUAUUAAAGGGUGGGGUAUGAAUGACAGAGGAGUUUCAUAUACCUUUGGCCCAGAUAAGGUGACCGAAUUUCUUCAGAAGCAUGAUCUGGAUCUUAUUUGCCGUGCCCAUCAGGUUGUGGAAGACGGAUAUGAGUUUUUUGCUGAUAGGCAACUCGUAACUAUAUUUUCUGCCCCUAACUACUGUGGGGAAUUUGAUAAUGCUGGUGCCAUGAUGAGUGUGGACGAGACUUUGAUGUGCUCUUUCCAAAUAUUGAAGCCUGCGGAUAAGAGGCCCAAGUUCGGGUUUGGCAGUUCCACUACAAACAAAGCUGGAACUCCUCCAGUGAAGUCCAAGGUAGCACUCACACUCCAAUCCUUUCUCAUCUUGAAACUGUUUCUUCUACUCUUCUGUGCUGUCUUGUAUUUGCUUCCUGUUCUUUUAUUACUAUCAUUAGAAAAUCCCGAUGGGUACGAAUCUCAGUCAUUAUGUCUCCUUGCAGUCAUUUCUGGGUAGAGUAGGAUGAGUUUGCUUACGCAGCAAAAAGAUGCUCGUUAUAUUUUCCGUCUACUACUUUAUCAUAUACUGCGAAGCAUGAGAUUGAAGUUCUGCGAAUCCAGUUGUUGUUGGGAUGACGGAUAUAGAGUUGAAGCAGGAAACAAUGGAUUUGGAGAUUUCCAUCCCAUGAGCCGAGAGGGAAGAUGUAAUAAUGUUCUCUUUUGUCUUACAGUGCUGGCUGAUUUGGUGUUUGUUGGGAUUCUUUUCCAAUCUAAGAUCACGUGCUAACUACGUAUCGUUUUAAAAGGUUUGUGGAUAAAAAAGAGUGACAAUCUUUUACAGAUUCGUAACUUUUAUAUGAUGAGAUACUAGAUUGUGGAACUAGGUGACUGUUACCUGUUGUAUAGCCUCUCUAAUCUUUGUGACCAAAUGCUUGAUUCAGAUGGUUCAUCUAAAGCCCUUCGGAUUUUGCUGUUGAUUUACUUCCAAGUCCUUGUUCUUUUGAACUAAGUUUUGAGACUUAUAUAACUGUAGCUUAUAUAGUUAAGAAGAAGGGAUUUUUUAUUUUAAUUUCGAAGUUUUGGGCCUUGAACUUGUAGGCCCACGGAAUUUGUGAACGGGCUUCGGAGAAUAUCACGAGUUAAAAAACAGAAGUUAGAUGAUAUUCUUUUAUUAAAACAAUAAGAAGACUUCCAAUGUUGAUUUUAAGGAUCCAUACAUAUUCUGACAUGAUAAUACAGUUUACACAUCAAUCCGAUGAUUUAUUAUCUUUGUUGUUGCAUAAAUGUACAAGAAUGAUAUGGAAUGUAAGAACAAUAUCGUGAGAUUACGAU